ACACAUAAACAAAAAGAGAAAGAAAAAAAAAAAACUUAUUUUUAGAUAAAAGCAUAAUGGAUAUUAUAUUUAAAUCAAAUAGAGAAAAAGAUAACCUAACUGAUAGUCCUUUGUUGAAACGACAAGGUUCAUUUCUAUAUCUUGGUGUACCCAUUAAACCAGGCAAAUACUUGGAUCCUGUAGUUUUAGUCGAAAGUAAUGCCACUAAAGCUCUUCAAACUAUGAAUCAAUUAGCAUCUAUUGGUCUUAAUCCAAAAAAAAAGGUUUUGAUCGGUUGCUGGCUGGUUGUGCGUUUCUAUUUACAAAUAGUAGGCCCUCAGUUUAGAAUAUGAAUGAUAAAACUUCUCAAACAGCUUGACACUUGUCAACAUAUAUGUUUCAGUUGUGUCUUUGGUAGCUCUUCUAAGUCCUCCAUUAAGCUUAUGCUCUAUUUAACCAAUCAACCAAGUGAUACACAAAUCCCCGUCAUGGACAAGAUGUGCGCCCUGUAUUGUAUAGAAGAUUUGAAUUACUCUAUGUUUAACUCAUACCGUCACUAGUUUCUGGGUAAGAAAAAAAA